AUGUCUGGACCUCAAUAUAACCUUUCAGACAGUCCUCCUUCUAUGACCCAAUAUAACCCUCCAGGCAGUCCUCCUCCUAUGACCCAAUAUAGCCCUCCAGGCAGUCCUCCUCCUAUGACCCAAUAUAAUCCUCCUCCCGGUAGUCAACCUUUUCAACCUCAAUAUAAUAAUCAAGGCCUCCCUUCGCAAUAUAAUAAUCAAGGUCCCCCUUUGCAAUAUAAUCCUCCUCAAGGUCCACCUCCUACGAACCCAUAUAAUAACCCUCCUCAAGGUGUUCCUCAAUAUGGUCCACCUCCAACUGAACAUCAAUAUAAUACCGGUCAACAUUCACAACCAUUACCAUUACCACUACCAACAAAUACUGAAGUCCGUCCUCCAGGUACAGUGGAUACUUCAAUUCCUCCCGAAAAGAGAAGUUUUACACAAAUUACCAGUAUAGAACAAAUCUGGAGGAUGUCCUUAUUUUAUGAGGGUAGACCAACUUGGAAGCUUUGGUUGGGGCAGCAAAAUAUUCAUAUACUUCAAACACCGGCUGCUCUUCAUAUGUACCUUCAUGCAGCCUUUAUAAUUAUACCUGUUAUUCAAUCAGCUCUUAUACCGGAUGUAAGACUUAUUAUUGUUCUGAUUACUAUAAUAGUUACUACGACUACUGUUCUCAUAAUCCAACUCCUACUACCACUGCCACCAGCUGCCCAACAUAUUAUACCUGUUAUAGAUACAGCUCUGGAUGUAAAAUUUAUAGUUGUUCUGAUACCUAUAGUAGUUACUACUACUACUGUUAUUAAAGUUAGUACAGACAGUAAAUUACAUUGUAGACAGUAA